ACGGUCCCUAUCUCCUUGUCUCCUUUGCUGUGGAGUCCCUGCAGCAGGCUGACCAAUGGGAGGCCCCGCCCGCUGUGAUGUCACUGCGCUAUAAAGCCCCCGGCCCCCCGCUGCCCGGCCUGAGCAGAGUCAGCGUUCCCAGCCUGGACGCCUCGGCUGGUAGAACUGCUGUCUUUAGUAACCGGGCGUCUUCACGGCUCAACCGUUCUCCCUUUCGGAUUGUGUGAAACUACAUUUUCUGGAUAAAGAGAGUGUUGCUUCCUGAAGAGCAGCCCCCCCGCCGGGCCCCCCAGGCAUCCUUGUGCAGACAAGGUGCCGACCAACAUGUCAACACAGGCGCCGACGUUCCUGCAGCCGCUGCAGAGCGUCGUGGCACUAGAGGGUAGUGCCGCGACGUUCCAGGCUCAAGUCAGCGGUUCUCCUGUUCCUGAGGUGAGCUGGUUUCGUGAUGGCCAGGUUCUCUCCUCCGCCGUUCUGCCCGGCAUUCAGAUCUCGUUCAGCGAUGGCCGUGCUGUUCUGAGGAUCCCUGCUGUGACCGCCGCACACAGUGGGAGGUUCUCCGUCAGAGCGACCAACGGAGCCGGACAGGCCACCAGCACCGCAGAACUACUCGUCACAGCGGAGACAGCCCCUCCCAGCUUCCUGCUCCGCCUCCAGAGCUCCACGGUGCUCCAGGGCAGCCAGGUGAGGCUGGACGUCAGAGUCUCAGGUAUCCCCCUCCCCCAGGUGAGGUUCUUCAGGGAGGGGGCGGAGAUCCAGAGCUCGCCAGACUUCAGGAUCCUGACGGAGGGCGAGAUGCACAGCCUGCUGAUCGCUGAGGCCUUCCCUGAGGAUUCUGGGAACUAUUCUGCCACCGCCACCAACAGCAGCGGAAGAGCAACCUCCACCUGCGAGCUGCUGGUGCAAGGUGAGGAAGUCGUGCCGGUGAAGAAAACCAAGACGAUCGUGACGUCUCAGAUGGCCGCCUCCUCCCAAAGCACCGUGCAGAGGAAGAUGGAGGCCAGCUUCCAGUCCUCCUCCAUGAUGGAGAUGCAUGUGGAAUCAGGAAUGAUGACCCAGCAUCUGUCUCACAAAACCCCCCCGAGGGUUCCCCCCAAGCCCACCUCCCGCUCCCCUCAGUCCUACGUCUCUAAGGUGGGGGGGGGCCGGCAGCAGUCUCCUUCACCUGUCCGUCACGUGAAGGGCCCACAGCCCGCCCCCGUCAGACCCGUGUCCCCCUCCUCCAGAGUCUCUGUCCCCUCCAUCAGACCUGUGAAGUCUCCCGUCAUAUCCCGCAAACAGCUGUCCUCCCCUGCGGAGGUGCCCCCCCCCUGGAAGCACUCCGGCCUGCAGGCUGAGAGCAGCUUCACCUCCGUCAGCACCUCCUCCUCCUCCCACAUGAUGAUGGAGCAGAGCAGCUCCUCCAUGAUGAUGGAGCAGAGCAGCUCCUCCAUGAUGAUGGAGCAGAGCAGCUCCUCCAUGAUGAUGGAGCAGAGCAAAGAGGCGGAAGGGGGGGGUAAAGCGACGGCGGUGGCCACGGUUGUCGCCGCUGUUGACCUCGCUCGCGUCCGUCAGCCCGUCAGUGGAGCUGCAGAAGAAGAGGUAGAGGUGGAGAUAAAACAACAACAACAACAACAACAACAACAACAACAACAACAACAACAACAACAGGAAGUGGAGACAACAACGGAGGAGAAGCAGGAAGUUGUUGUGAAAAGUCUUUCUACUGAAGCUACGGAGACAAAAGUCAGAGCAGUUUCUCAGAUCCAGAUCUCUGAAGAAUCGUCUCAGAUCCAGAUCCCGUCUCAGAUCCUGAUCCCGUCUCAGAUCCCGUCUCAGAUCCACAUCCCGUCUCAGAUCCCGUCUCAGAUCCAGAUCCCGUCUCAGAUCCACAUCCCGUCUCAGAUCCACAUCCCGUCUCAGAUCCAAAUCCCGUCUCAGAUCCAAAUCCCGUCUCAGAUCCCGUCUCAGAUCCAGAUCCCGUCUCAGAUCCAGAUCCCGUCUCAGAUCCCGUCUCAGAUCCACAUCCCGUCUCAGAUCCAAAUCCCGUCUCAGAUCCCGUCUCAGAUCCAGAUCUCUGCAGAACCGUCUCCGGUUCCUCACUUCACAGUUUCUAAAGUCUCUGUUCCUAAACCUGAAGCGAGCCUGGAGGUCUCCAUCGCGGGCUCGGCCAUGGCGGCUCUGCACAGAGAGUUCUCCUCCCCUGUCUCCCCCCUCUCCCCUCGAAGGAUCAUCAAACCAGUGAAGUCUCCCAGCCCGUCCCGCAGGAGGGGGGCGAGCGUGCCCCCCGAGCCCCUGCCGCCCCCCUUCAGAAACCCCAGAUAUCAGACGGGGGGCCCUAGUGAGGAGGAGUUUGAAGACUGGGAGCCACAG